GCGGUGGAAGACUGAAUGGACGUGUUCUUUGGAAGGGAGAAGCAGAGGAUAGCUAUGGCUCGUCUAUUCUACCACGAGCCGCAGUUCGCGAUCCUGGACGAAUGCACCAGUGCCGUCUCGGUCGACGUGGAAGGCCAGAUGUACCAGUACUGCAGAGAGAUGGGCAUAACCCUCUUCACCGUAUCGCACCGCAAGUCGUUAUGGAAGCACCACGACCACUACCUCCAAAUGGACGGCCGAGGCGGCUACGUCUUCGAGGCCAUAGACAACGAAACGCAGGAGUUCGGUUCGUGAUCGAAUCGGCGUCGGCUCGGAGUCGUGGCGACGUCGAUUCGAAAGCGAACCCGGGUCGGAACGAAAUCGAAGCGCGUGUAUAUGCGAUGCACGCGUUGUGUUUUUUAAUGCAUUUUAAAUCAAUGUAU